AUGGUGGUGGUGAAAUACCUCUUCCAGUUUGGGUUCUUCCCCUGGAAUGGCUACGCCAUGCUGGUGCGCAACGAGGGCAAGCCCUUCUUCCCACCUCGCAUCCUGGGCUUGGAGAAGACCGACCGCUACAUCAAGUACGACCUCAUGCAGCUCCUGGCGCUCUUCUUCCAUCGCUCCCUGCUGCUGUCCUACGGGCUGUGGGACCACGAGGAAGACCCCUUCCCCAAGAAGAAGGCAGAGGUGGAGCAGGUGGAGGAUGAGGAAGAGGAGGAGAGGCGGGAGGAAGCAGCAUCCCCGCCAGUGCCAGCGGGUGAGGAAGGGACAGAGGUGCUGGCAGAGCCAAGGGCGCCGGGUGCAGCCUUGGGGCCGGAGCCAGAGCCGGAGGGCGAUGCCGUGGGGCAGGAAGAGGGAGCCGGGGCCAUGCAGCUUCGCUUCAGGAGGAAGAGGGCGCAGAACAUGUACCAGCCGGUGCGCGGGUUCUUCCGGGACAUCCUGCACACCCAGCACCGGGCAGCCACCGACGUCUACGCCUUCAUGUUCCUGGCCGAUGUGGUUGACUUCAUCAUCAUCAUCUUUGGCUUCUGGGCCUUCGGGAAACACUCGGCGGCUGCCGACAUCACCUCCUCGCUGUCAGAUGACCAAGUGCCGGAGGCCUUCUUGGUCAUGCUGCUCAUCCAGUUCACCACCAUGGUCAUUGACCGUGCGCUCUACCUCCGCAAGACCGUGCUGGGCAAGCUCAUCUUCCAGGUCAUCCUGGUCUUCAGCAUCCACCUCUGGAUGUUCUUCAUCCUGCCGGCCGUCACCGAAAGAUUGUUCAGCCUCAACACGGUGGCCCAGCUGUGGUAUUUUGUGAAGUGCAUCUACUUCGCGCUGUCAGCCUACCAGAUCCGCUGUGGCUACCCCACCCGCAUCCUGGGCAACUUUCUCACCAAGAAAUACAACCACCUCAACCUCUUCCUCUUCCAGGGGUUUCGCCUCGUGCCUUUCCUGGUGGAGCUGCGGGCCGUCAUGGACUGGGUCUGGACGGACACCACGCUGUCCCUCUCCAACUGGAUGUGCGUGGAGGACAUCUACGCCAACGUCUUCAUCAUCAAAUGCAGCCGUGAGACAGAGAAGAAGUACCCCCAGCCCAAGGGGCAGAAGAAGAAGAAGAUCGUGAAGUAUGGCAUGGGGGGCCUCAUCAUCCUCUUCCUCGUGGCCAUCAUCUGGUUCCCGCUGCUCUUCAUGUCGCUGGUGCGCUCCGUGGUGGGCGUUGUCAACCACCCCAUCGACGUCACC